AUGGCAGAGUCUGGUAAUCAGAUGCUUCGCCUCCCUGUCAUCGGCCAGGAGUACACUCCUGGAGUGCCACUCGCUACAUAUCAAUUUGUAGUGACCACAAAGAAUGAUGUAAAGGAGAAGCUGAAGCAAUACGGGAAGCCAAUCAGUGGCAACCAAGAGGAGGUCAUACAGCGCCUUUGCGAGUUUUCCAGUGACGAGGCUGACUGGCUGAGCUUGUUCCAACCAAAGCUCAAACAAAAGCGGGGGGAACAUACCUCUCAGAUGUCAUUGUCCUGCAAGCGGAUUGAGGACACAUUCAGAUCUGCAAAACAAAUGGUCACUUACAAGAGCAAGAAGGGGGCAGAUCACACACAAUGUGCCCUGAAGGAUAACGAUCGUACUGCAAACACACACUGGGCCAAGGCGGUCUUCAAAGCUUUUGGAAUGCCAGCUGACCUCAGUUGCAUGCCAUCUGUCCCAAAACGCAGGUGCACAAUGGAGGAUGGGGUGCUGGGAGAAGACACAUCAUUGCCGGAGACUCUUGGUUCCCUACAGGAAAAGGAUUCAUUUGCUGUCCGCAUGUGCAGAGUCAAGCGCAAUGUAUUUUCAGUCAGGGACGAUAUCUACAACAUUGAGGGCAAUCUCAACAAUGUGGCGUCUCACGUCAUGGAUUUGAAGACACUCAUCUUGAAUGGGCAAUGCUCCACACUGCCACCGCCAGUGAUAUCUGUGAACACUGCUCCCCGCUGCAAUGAAGUUGAACAACCUAGUAGUAUGGUUUGCGCUGCCCAAAUUCCCACUGUGUCAGCACCUCUCUCCAAGUCCCGUAGUUUGCCUCACCAUAAGCUUGGGGUCAUGAUGCUUGAUGGUGAAUGGUUCAAAUAUGACAAGACCAAAGUCCCAGAGCCACCAACAAUCCAUUUCUCUCAGGAUAUUGACCGGUUGUGUGAUGAGUGGGAGAGUUCAAACUUACUCUGCAUUGGCGGCCACAGGAUUCCCAUCAAACACUGGGGCAAGUUCUACAAGAGAGCCAAGGGUGUCAAGAGUACAGCAUGGGACGCUCUGCGAGUGGAAUGGGGCAACUUGAAGUUCAUUGCUGAGGAACGUCAGAAAUAUCUGGACAACAACUCUUUCUGGCAGGCCUUCAGUGACAAGAAUGGGAAGAAUUUGUCUUAUCAGCAACUCUUGAACCAUCUUGCAGAGUAUUGGCUUUCAGCAGCAGCUCAAGAUGCCAAUGAUGCACGAACAUUCUUUCAUGGCAAUCUCAAUCACCCUAUGGCUCGCAGCGCUUUUGAUUACACCAAGGCUGGCAAGACCAAUCUAUCAAGCAAGGACGACACUAUUGCAAAAAAAUGGCACGAGCUGCUAGCAAUGCGCCCUGACAUUGUUGAACAAUGCCAGGCAGACCAAGUCAUCCCUCCCAGUUCACCUCAGUGA